CUCCACAAGUCUGGCCCUGGGCUGCCCCAGCCAGACAUCAGAGGAAUUCAGAGAGAGAGGAAACAAGUGACUAAGGGAGCUAGGCACUUGGAGAGUGGGAUCAAGAUUGAGCAGGACUUCUUAACUCAUACCUGGAAGAGGUGGCUACUGUCCAGUGUGGCCCAAGAAGCAUCGAUCAACUCAGUGCGUGGAGUCCCCACGUUGGAGCAUCCCUGCUUGGAAACCAGCUGCUGUCUCCAAGAGCCCCCAAUAAGUUCUCACUCCUUCUCCCCUGCUCAACUCUAGUCCUGAGAUUGAAAUAGGGGCUGAAACUCACUGCAUCCCGGAAGUCAUGGGACCCAGGAUAGGGCCAGUGGGUAAGGAGCUCCGGAUGCCCAACAAACACAUGAAGGCCAUGGUGGACACAGAAGAUGCACCUGGAGGCAAAUGUAGCCCAAAUCCUCAGGACUUGCGGCCAAGUGUGUUCCACAGCAUCAAGUUCUUCAUCCUGUGCCACAGCUUCCUGCAGCUGGCGCAGCUCAUGAUCUCCGGCUACCUCAAGAGCUCCAUCUCCACGGUGGAGAAGCGCUUUGGCCUCUCCAGUCAGACUUCGGGGCUGCUGGCUGCCUUCAACGAGGUGGGGAACACAGCCCUGAUUGUGUUUGUGAGCUAUUUUGGCAGCCGGGUACAUAGGCCCCGACUGAUUGGCUAUGGGGCUAUCCUUGUGACCCUGGCAGGCGUGCUCAUGACUGUCCCGCACUUCAUCUCAGAGCCGUACCGCUAUGACCACACCAGCUCUGUGGACAUGCCACAGGACUUGGAGGCUUCCCUGUGCCUGCCUGCCACCGACACCCCCACCUCAGCCCCAUCCAACAGCAGCUGCUCAGGCUACACGGAGGUCCAGCAUCUGACCAUGGUGGGGAUAAUGUUCAUGGCCCAGACCCUGCUUGGUGUGGGCAGUGUGCCCAUUCAGCCCUUUGGCAUCUCCUACAUUGAUGACUUUGCCCACAACAGCAACUCGCCCCUCUACCUUGGGAUCCUGUUUGCAGUGACCACGAUGGGGCCAGGCAUGGCCUAUGGGCUUGGCAGCCUCAUGCUGCGCCUUUACGUGGACAUUGACCGAAUGCCAGAAGGUGGCAUCAGCCUGACCUCAAAGGACCCCCGAUGGGUGGGUGCCUGGUGGCUGGGCUUCCUCAUCUCUGCUGGUGCAGUGGCCCUGGCUGCCAUCCCCUACUUCUUCUUUCCCAAGGAGAUGCCCAAGGAGGGGCAUGAGCUUCACUUCUGGCGAAAGGGCUUGGCAGUUUCAGAAGCACCUGUCAACAAAGGUGAAGACUCCUCCUCUGAGCAGAACUCUGGGGAGAACCCAGAGAAGGAUGGCCUGGCCCAGAUUGCCCCAGACCUGACUGUGACCCAGUUCAUUAAAGUUUUCCCCAGAGUGCUGCUGCGGACCCUGCGUCACCCUAUCUUCCUACUGGUGGUCCUGUCCCAGGUGUGCAUGUCAUCCAUGGUGGCAGGCAUGGCCACUUUUCUGCCCAAGUUCCUGGAGCGCCAGUUCUCCAUCACAGCAUCAUAUGCCAACCUGCUCAUAGGCUGCCUCACCAUCCCACUGGCCAUCGUGGGCAUUGUGGUGGGGGGCAUCCUGGUCAAGCGCCUCCGCUUGGGCCCCAUGCGCUGUGGCACCCUUUGCCUGCUGGGGACGCUGUCCGGCCUACUUUUCAGCCUGCCCCUCUUCUUCAUGGGCUGCUCUACCCACCAGAUUGCAGGCAUCUACCACCAGCCUGAUGCCCAGCCUGGGCUGGAGCUAUUUCCAGGCUGCAUGGAGCCCUGUUCCUGCCCAUCAGAUGACUUUAACCCUGUCUGCGACACCAGCACCGGUGUGGAGUACCUCACACCCUGCCACGCUGGCUGCACAAGGGUAGUCCAGGAGGCUCCGGACAAACGCCAGGUCUUCUACGCCAACUGCAGCUGCGUGGCAGGGGGUGGCCCUGUGCCAGCGGGUUCCUGUGACUCAACCUGCAGCCACCUGGUGCUGCCCUUCAUGAUCCUGGUCAGCCUGGGUGCAGCACUGGCCAGUGUCACCCACACACCCUCCUUCAUGCUCAUCCUAAGGGGAGUGAAGAAAGAAGACAAGACUCUGGCUGUGGGGAUCCAGUUUAUGCUCCAGAGAGUUUUGGCCUGGAUGCCCAGCCCUGUGAUCCAUGGCAGUGCGAUUGACACCACCUGCGUGUACUGGGCCCAGAGCUGUGGGCGUCGGGCCGUCUGCCGCUACUAUGACCACAACCUGCUUCGAAACCGGUUCCUCGGCCUCCAGUUCUUCUUCAAGACAGGUUCACUGGCCUGCUUCACCUUGAUUUUGGCCAUCCUAAGGCAGCAGAACAAAGAGGAGGGGACCAAGGAGACCAUACCCAGCCCUGGCCUACAGCAGCAGCUGUUAGAUUCAGGGCCAAAGAAGGAGCCUGAGGAAUCCAGAGUGUGAGCUGUCCCAGGGCCCCACCCUGGCGAAGAGUGGCAGCUAUGGCGAGUACCUCCUCUAAGCCCUUUGCCCGAGAUUGGGUGUUGGGAGCUCUGUUUUCCAAUUCUGAGUCCUUCAUUAACUUGCUGUGUGGCUUUGGGCAAGCCACUGACCCUCUGUGGGCCUUUGCUCAUCUGAACCAAAGAGUUUGGGGGUUUGCUGUGUUGGCCACUUCUGACGCAUGAGGGUUUUCCCCCUUUCCUUCCAGCCAGACAGGCUGACCUGAAACAAGGCUUUCCUGGGUGGAAGGACUGCAUAUCUUUCUCCCAGGGCCCUAGGAUAGAGAAGUGGACAAUAGCAGGCCAGGCUGCCCCACACACUGGGUCCUGGCCCUGCUCUGCUGCUCAUCUGGAGCACCCUCUCUGAGCCUCACCUUCCGUCUCUGUCAGAUGGAGACGAAGUUGUCGGCUUUCAGGCCCCUUCCAGCCGUGACCAUCUGUGUGACCAGGGUGGACUCAGAUCUCUUCCCCACCCCUUCUCAGCCUGGAGGUGGGGCCAGGACAGCCUCAGUUAAGAAGCAUCCACUUGGCGCCCCCUAGAGGCAGAGCCUUGAGCUCUGGGGAGACCCACUGGGGAAGGAACUGGGUCUACUCAGGACUUUCAGGCUGGGUGAGGCCUUCAGGAAACCUGGUGUGAGAGACUCACUCUCUGGACUCAGGAAGCCCCAGCCCUUGCCCUCAGGGAGCCAUUGUCUGGGUGAGGCCUAUUCUCUGCCUUAAGGGCUCUGGUGGAGAGGGAGACACACUUACGAAUUUUCUAACUUCAAAGACCAAACACACUUAGCACUAGCUGUUACCCAUGCAUUGCCAAGAUUUCACCCAUUUGAACUGAGCCUAUCAAAGUGACUGUGACUUUUGUGACUAGAAUCCUAAUUUCACCAUUUCCUCCUGGAUUUCUGAUUCUGUGUCACCUGGGACUGUGUAAAUAAUGUCUGGUUCUGUAACACCAGUGUUUUAGGGUAAAUUUGAUGUCGGGGUUGGUGUAAGAACCUGUUCUUUGUAAUGCCCACAUCUGUAAUGCUGGGAGCAGUAAUGCCUAGCUCUGUGUGAUGAGUGGGUCUAUGGGAUGCUUAGGUAUGAACAAACUGGUCCUUGUUUGUAUCAGG